GCCACGACGGGUGUUAGCGUGUAGGAUUUCCUUCUCUUGCUGGGAAGUAAAACUGCAGCCUGUGUGGUUCUUCUGUGGACAAGUACGUGCCCGUGCUUAGCGUGUGCCGGUCCAAACAAAUCUUAGGGCUGGGAAGUCGGCUUUGGCUUUGGAACAUCUCGCAACACGACGACAUCGUCGAGACGCUUUUGCAAAAGCCGCUGCAGCCUCACCGCGACACGCCACUCGCAAUCCGACCACACGACGCUGCUCGCCUGCCCCGACUCUAUCCCGCGUCACCGCUUCGGGGCUGAUACAUGUUGGUUCGGCGGCGCGCCCGGUGGUCUCGUUAGUGGUCGAAACGACGCAGCUCCGUCCAGCUGUGAGGCCCUUGUCUGAAUGGCCGUCCAGCCCAGCCCACCACUCGACACCCGCACCGCCCACACCGCCACAUCCGACGACGACGACGCACCGCUGAUAAAGAGGGAGGAGGGCCCGGCGGCAGCAAAUGGAGACGACCAUGGCCCCGGCAUGCAGCGCCCGGCCAAGCGCCGCAAGCUCGACGACUCGACGCCACAUCGCCCUGCACCACGCGCCGUGUCGCCGCCGUGGAGGGCUUUUGCUGCGGAUGGGCCCACGACCGUGUUCGAGAACGGCGUGCGGAAGUCGUCGCGCGUGAACAAGGACGCUGCCCCGCCCACGCCAGAGCCGCCCAAGACAGGCGCGCGCACGCCCAAGGCUACACAGACGAACGGCACGCCGCGGAAUGGCGUCAAGCAGGCGGCGCGGGGGAAGCCAGCACCUGCCCUCCAUAAGAAAGCCGCCGCGCCGCCGCAGAACACACCUGGCGCGCGCAAGUCGGAUCGCCAGCGCAAUGCUCCUGCGUCGACGAGGGCCGCCUCACCGCUGUCGAUGGAAGGCCAGGAUGAGUCAGCGGAUGGGACACGGAAGCGGACAGGGCGCCCGCGCAGAGCCACGCAGUCGUCGAUGGACGGGCCAGGCGACGACGACCUCGUGACGACCCCCGCAACGAACGGUCACGAUCCCUACGCCGGCCUCUACGCGUCGCCCAACGACCCCGACGCUUCCACGCCUGCCCCCCGACUGCGUCUACGUCUACGCAAGCCCGACCCGCCGAACCGCCACCCCCAGCACUCCGCUCCCCCGAAGAAAUACGCGUCCCUCGCAGACUGGCUGGAACACGACGACCCCCUGGAAGGCGAGGAGUCGCAGCGCAUAUCCCAGGAAAAAGCAGAAGAGGAGGCAGAGCGCCGUCUGCAGAUUGUGCGAGCAGCCGAGCACGGCGUCCUCAGCCGCUCUCAAUGCAGUGUCUUUGCGCCCGAGGCGGCCCCCGAGCCCCUCCCGCAGUACGCGCAUUGGGAUCACGUGGUUACGCACGCGCUGCAUUUCAACAAGCUUCUCAGAGAGGAGAAGGCGUUUCACCGCAAGAUGGCCAAGACUGUGGCGAGAGAGGCGUACGAGUACUGGAAGGACAAGUACAAGCGCAAGAGCCAGGAUGAGAUGGAUCAGGAAGAGACGGAGCGCCAGACGGUCCGGUACAAGCAGUUGGUCAAAGACGUCAAGGAUGCGUGGGCGAAUGUCAAGCUGGAAAUCGACAAGGAGCGUGUGGCGAAGUGGGAGGAGGAGCAGCUCCAGCUUGGCCACAAGGCUAUGGAUGACAUGUUCAACCAGGCGCAGGAGAUUCUUGGCCGCGGGGCUGCGGAUACGGCGUCGUCGUUUGUUAGUGAGGAUCGCGACUUUGACGAGGAUGACUUUGAGAGCGCGGCGUCGGAGCUCAAUACUCGGAAUUUGGAUGAUGGUGUGUCGUCGGGCGAGGAUAGCGAGGGGGGGAGUGCGGAUGAUGAGGAUGCGGAUCUGACUGCUGAGCAAUUGCGCGCCAAGUAUGAGCAGCUUCCUGAGUUGUCGGAUAGCGAUGAGGAGGUGGAGGUGGAGGUGGAGGAGGAGCAAGAUGAAGAGGGAGAGCAGGAUUCAGACGAAGAUCAGGUGUUUGAAGACGCCGAGGAGGGCACUCCCCUGGCCACUCCGGAUCCAGACAUCGACAUGGAAGACGAGCUUGACCUACCGGAAAACCCCUUCGCGCGGACAAACAGCACGUCAGUCGCGGACGACGGCGAAGAACGGAAACCAAACUACAUCGACCCUGCCACCGUUGAGCUGGAACAGGUUGACGAGGCGCUCAUGGACUCGGAGGACGAAGACGAAGCGAGAGAAUCUGGUAGUGAGGCUUGGUCGAGCGAUGACGAUUCUGACGUCGAGGAUGAAAGUGAAAGAGAAGCUGGCGAAUCAGAGGAAGACGAGGAUGAGGAAGAUGGGGAGGACGAUCUCGGCAUGAUGGGGUUCCUGGCUCCAAGCGAUAUCAAGAAGCUGAAAGAGGCUGCGAAGACGGUGGUCGAGGAUGAGCAGAUUGAGAGCGCUGAGCCUCAGGCGGAACUUGUCGGUGGGCAUGCGCUGACUCCCGAGGCUGAUGAUGCAGAGAAGCUCAUCACUAACGGCGUUCAUCGUGGCGUUGAUGUGAAGGAACCGCACGUCAACGGCAAUGGUACCUUGCCUCUCCCUGUGCCUUCAUCUGAGGCCACAGACUCUACCCCGAUGGAGGAUGUCGUGGAGGAGGUUGAGAGAACACACAACAUGUCUCGCGAGGAUUCUGCACCACCACGAACAGAAGUGCCGUCCCUGCUACGGGGAACGCUCCGUGAGUACCAGCACGACGGCCUCGACUGGCUUGCCAACCUGUACGACUCCGACACCAACGGUAUCCUGGCCGACGAGAUGGGGCUUGGCAAGACUAUCCAGACCAUCUCCCUCCUCGCACACGUUGCUGUCGAUCGACAGAUCUGGGGGCCGCAUCUCGUCGUCGUUCCCACCAGCGUCAUGCUCAACUGGGAAAUGGAGUUCAAGAAGUUUCUGCCCGGCUUCAAGAUCCUCACGUACUACGGCGACAUCAAUGAGCGGAAGAGGAAGCGCAUGGGCUGGCGUAAUACGGGCAAAGACAUGUAUAAUGUGGUCAUCACGUCGUAUCAGCUCAUCCUCCAGGACGCGGCGGCGUUCAAAAUGCGGCCUUGGCAUUAUCUGGUUCUGGACGAAGCCCACAAUAUCAAAAACUUCAAGUCGCAGCGAUGGCAGACGAUGCUUAAUCUUCGCACGGAACGGCGGCUUCUGCUCACUGGCACACCACUGCAGAACAACAUCGAUGAGCUCUGGUCGCUGCUUUACUUCCUGAUGCCCGCUGGUUUUGCCGGCGAAGGGCGUAUCGCGGGACUGGAGGAGUUCACCAUGGCCCUGAAGAACCCGACAUCGCAGAUUCUAGACCAAGGCCGGCAACAGCUCGACGCCGAGGCACAGAAGAUCGUCAAGAAGCUGCACGAAGUUUUGCGGCCGUACUUGCUGCGAAGAUUGAAAUCGGAGGUCGAGAAACAGAUGCCAGGGAAGUACGAACAUGUCGUCUACUGCAAGCUAUCCAAGCGGCAACGGCAGCUGUACGAUGGGUUCAUGGGCCGCGCGACGACCAAAGAGAUCCUGUCUUCGGGGAAUUAUAUGUCCAUCAUCAACUGUCUGAUGUCGUUGCGCAAGGUCUGCAAUCAUCCUGAUCUGUUCGAGACCCGCGCUAUUGUUACGUCAAUGGCUAUGCCGAAGUCUGUCCCCGCGCAGUUCGAGAUCAAGAACCUCCUCAUUCGGAAGCGACUGCAGGAGGGCUUGCAUGAGACGCAGGUGAAUCUGGAUGCGUUGAAUUUGGUGUUUGCUCGACGCGAACAGACUCAGCUGCGGAGUGCGCGACGCUCGCAUCAAAUUCGCGCAACUCGGCCGCUGGAGGAUCUGAUUGAACGCCAGACACGCCGUCUCAAUAAAUCCUCAGAUAAGGUGUCUUCGGAUGCGGGGUCAUCGCCCCUGCAAUCUGCCAUGUCGGCGAUGGCUAGGAGGGAGCAAGUGGCUGUGAGAGAUCAUCUGCAGAGAUGUCUUGACCUCACUCGUGCUCGUACCCAGUUCAUGCCUAUCUAUGGGAAGGACAUCAUCGACCGCGUCACUGUUGACUGGCAUGACCAUACUUUUGGCGCUCGAAAGGAGGGAGAGAGGGUAAGACCACCAGUCGCUCCUCGAUGGCAACCACCACCUCAACAGCCUCAGCAAUACCCCGGGCCGCCUUUCUACCGCAACCCACAACCCGCGCCGCCCUUCCACUCGGCCCAACCCUUCGGACAAACACCAAUGCAGCCGAGGGCGGAAGCAAAGGAAGAAAGCGAAUGCACGAUGAUCAAAACCCACCACGGCCUCCUCGGCUUCCGCUCUCCCCACUCCACCGCCGCAGCCCUAGAGUGGAACAACCAGCAAAUCACCCACUUCCACGACAUGGUCCCAACGCUCGAACAGCGCGCCGAAGCCUUCGAACCCCUCAUCACACGCUUCACCUGCGUCACCCCCGCCGUCGCCGCCGAAGAGCUCGCCCCCCUAACCCUCUCCAAACGCGUUGUAGACCUAAUCCGCGCCUCCCCCCUCUCCCACACCAAAGACCCCUUCCACGAGCCCCGCAUGCGCCAAUCCAUCGCCUUCCCCGACAAACGCCUCCUCCAAUACGACUGCGGCAAACUCCAGCGCCUAGCCACACUCCUCCGCGCCCUCCAAGCCGGCGGCCACCGCGCCCUCAUCUUCACCCAAAUGACUAAAGUCCUCGACAUCCUGGAGCAAUUCUUAAAUAUCCACGGACACCGAUACCUGCGCCUCGACGGGUCUACGAAGAUCGAGCAGCGCCAGAUUCUGACGGAUCGGUUUAAUAACGAUCCCCGCAUCUUGGCUUUCAUCCUCUCGUCGCGGUCUGGCGGGUUGGGUAUCAAUCUCACCGGCGCCGAUGCGGUCAUUUUUUAUGAUCUCGAUUGGAACCCCGCUAUGGAUAAACAGUGCCAGGACCGCGCGCACCGCAUCGGUCAGACGCGCGAUGUGCAUAUUUAUAAAUUCGUCAGCGAGUAUACUAUCGAAGCCAACAUUCUACGUAAAAGCAAUCAGAAGCGUCUGCUGGAUGACGUUAUUAUCCAAAGGGGGGGGUUCACGACGGAUGGUUUCCACCGCGCGGCGGCGGAUUCGGCGGGAAGGAUCGAUGCGCUGGAUGAGGCGGGGCGCGCUAUGGAGCGUGUUUUGGGUGAGAAGGUGGGGUUGCUGGGUGAUGCGGGGGUUAUGAGGGCUGUGGAGGAGGAGGAGGAUCUUUUGGCGGCGAGGGUGGCGCAGAGGGAGAUUGUGGAUGAGAGGGAGUGUGAUGUUGGGGAUUUUGAGGGGGAUGCUGGGAGUAAUGAUAAGCUGGAUGGUGAGGGGGAUGAGGGGGAGGUGGUGGAUGAGGUGGAAAUGGAAAGGGAGAAACUGCAUGUUGAUAUUGGAUAUUACAUGUAG